GGGAACUUGUUGACAUUGAACCGCCUACAUAGUGAUAAUCCGAAACUUCUUUGUGUGAUUCAUCCGGAAUUCGCGAGAAUGGCUGGAAAUGUGAGGAGAUUUUACGACCUGACAGCUAAACUGCUGUUUGGAGAAUGCUUCAGUUUCUCUGCACUGAAGGGUAAAGUUGUUCUCAUUGAGAAUGUGGCGUCUCUGUGAGGAACAACAACCAGGGACUAUACCCAGAUGAACGAGCUCCACAGACGGUACUCAACCAAGGGCCUCGUUAUUCUGGGUGUGCCCUGUAAUCAGUUUGGACAUCAGGAGAACUGCAAGAAUGAUGAAAUCCUAAGGUCUCUGAAGUAUAUCCGUCCAGGGAAUGCCUUUGAACCCAAAUUCAAGCUCCUUGAGAAGGUGAAUGUAAAUGGGGAGGAUGCCCACCCCUUGUUUGUAUACCUGAAGGAAAAGCUUCCGUUCCCCUGUGAUGAUGCCAUGGCUCUCAUGACUGAUCCAAAGUUCAUCAUUUGGAGUCCCGUCUGCAGGAACGAUGUCUCCUGGAACUUUGAGAAGUUCCUGGUCGGUCCUGAUGGGGAGCCCUACAAGCGCUACAGCAGAAAUUUCCUCAGUAUUGACAUUGAGGCAGAUAUUAAAGAGCUACUGAAGAGGGUCAAGUAAUGCUGUGGGUGGCUGUAAGGGAUAUCAGUUAUAACCAGCCCGGCCAACAAGUUUAAUCAGUGGCCUUACUGUUUGUUUUGGGUAUUUCAUCAUGUUUUUCCACCUUCACAAGUCAAUUGCAACAUUGUGACGCAUCCAGUGCAGUACACUCUGGUUGUUCAGCCUAUUUACUCAAUGAAGACACUCUUGGAAACCUUUUUUGCGUGGGGAGUUUCUGAUGAGCAUGUAAAAGACUGACACUGCCUGACUGUAUAACUCAUGCAUUGGGUAGAGGAGAAAUAAACAUGUAAUGUCAAA